AAAGAGCUACCAGUGACGGAGCAGCAGAGAGGUAGAAAGAAAAUCGGCAGGCUGCUGCCAGCAUCGUCUCAUACCGUCGCCGAACAGAAAGCUCCGUGUCGGCGGAGAUAUGGAGACGCCGGGGAGAAUAGCAGCCACACCGGACGCGCUGGACUUCACGGUGGAAAACGUAGAGAAGGCCCUCCACCAGUUGUAUUAUGAUCCCAAUAUCGAAAACAAGAAUCUGGCCCAGAAAUGGCUGAUGCAAGCCCAAGUCUCUCCUCAAGCCUGGCAGUUCUGCUGGGUCUUACUGAGUCCAGACAAGGUACCAGAGAUUCAGUACUUUGGCGCUAGUGCCCUACACACCAAAAUCUCUAGGUACUGGUCUGAUAUUCCCACAGACCAGUAUGAGUCCCUGAAGAGCCAGUUGUUCUCCCAGAUUGCUCGCUUCUCCUCCGGCUCUAAGAUGGUGCUCACGCGGCUAUGUGUGGGCCUGGCCUCGUUGGCACUCAACACAAUGCCCGAGGCCUGGCCCGGCGCCGUGGCAGAAAUGGUGCGGGUGUUUCAGGAGGAAGGGGGAGGGGUAGAUGGGCGGGCACGGUGCCUGGCAUUGCUGGAGCUGCUCACUGUCCUGCCCGAAGAGUUCCAAACCAGCCGCCUGCCACAGUACCGCAAAGGACUGGUCCGGGGAGCCCUGGGAAGGGAGUGGGGGUCAGUCUGUCCCUUACUGCAACAACUGCUUCAAAGGACGGAUAGCCCAGGGGCAGUGAAAGCUCGCGUGCUGCGCUGCCUGUCAUCAUGGAUGCUGCUGGACGUGCCGCUCAGCGAGAGUGAAGGCCUGGUGCACGACUGCUUCACUGCCCUCCCCGACCCAGAACUCUUCGACACAGCGGUAGAGGCAAUAGUAAACGCCAUCUCGCAACCAGAUUCCCAAAGAUAUGUGAACACUUUACUGAAACUCGUUCCUCGAGUGCUGGCCCUGCAGGAUCAGCUGAGAGACGCUGUUCAGAAUGGAGACAUGGAGACCUGCCAUGGGAUCUGCCGGAUCGCCGUCACGCUGGGAGAGAACCACUCCAGGACUCUGUUGGAGCAGGUGGAUCACUGGCAGAGCUUCCUGGCUUUAGUAAACUUGAUCAUGUUUUGUACGGGCAUCCCCGGCCACUAUCCGGUCAACGAGACCACAAGCUCCCUCACACUUACCUUCUGGUACACACUACAAGAUGAGAUCAUGUCAUUCGAGACCGAUAAACAGGCGGUGUAUCUCCAGGUCUACAGGCCAGUGUAUUUCCAGCUGGUGGACGUUCUGCUGCACAAAGCCCAGUUCCCCUCUGACCAGGAGUAUGCAUCCUGGUCCUCUGAUGAAAAGGAGCAGUUCAGGAUUUACCGGGUGGACAUCUCCGACACGCUCAUGUAUGUGUACGAGAUGCUGGGAGCGGAGCUGCUGAGUAACCUGUACGAUAAACUAGGGCGACUGUUGACGAACACAGAGCAGCUGACAUCAUGGCAGCACACAGAAGCAUUGCUGUACGGCUUCCAGUCCAUAGCAGAGACGAUAGACGUGAACUAUUCUGACGUCAUUCCUGGCUUGAUAGGACUCAUCCCCAGAAUCAACAUCAACAAUGUCCAGUUAGCCGACACUGUGAUGUUCACUAUAGGGGCUCUGGCUGAAUGGUUGGCCGAUCACCCAGUGAUGCUCAGCAGUGUGCUGCCUUUGGUGUUGCAAGCAUUAGGAAACCCCGACCUUUCCGUUUCUUCUGUCUCAACCUUAAAGAAAAUCUGCCGGGAAUGCAAACACGACCUGCCACCGUACGCAACCAACAUAGUAGCAGUUUCUCAGGAGGUGCUCAUCAAGCAGAUCCAUAAGACAAGUCAGUGUAUGUGGCUGAUGCAGGCUCUUGGCUUCCUGCUUUCGGCUCUCCCCGUGGAGGACAUCUUAAGAAACCUUCAUUCCCUCAUCACUCCUUACAUUCAGCAACUGGAAAAGCUAGCAGAUGAGACGCCUAAUCCCUCUAAUAAACUGGCCAUCAUUCACAUCCUGGGGCUGCUGUCCAACCUGUUCACUACACUCGACAUUAGCAAGCAAGAUGAUGAAUCAGCAGAUGGCUCAGCGCCGCCAGUCAAAGCAGUCCCACCUCCUCCUGGACCAAAUCCGGUGGUGGUGGUUUUGCAACAAGUUUUUGCUCUUAUUCAGACCGUACUGAGCAAGUGGCUCAACGACUCGCAGGUUGUCGAGGCGGUGUGUGCCAUCUUUGAGAAGUCAGUAAAGACUCUCCUGCAUGAUUUUGCUCCCAUGGUGUCUCAGCUUAGUGAGAUGCUCGGGCAGAUGUACAGUACAAUUCCCCAGGCCUCAGCGCUUGACCUCACGCGACAGAUGGUGCAUAUCUUUGCCAGUGAAACAGACCACUUCCCACCAAUCAAGGCUCUGUUUGAGCUGGUUACCUCGGUAACGUUGUCCGUCUUCCAGCAAGGACCCAGGGAUCAUCCUGAUAUUGUUGAUUCAUUUAUGCAACUCCAAGCUCAGGGCCUCAAACGGAAACCCGAUUUAUUCUUGUCUGAGAGCCUUGAUGUGAAGGCUGUGUUCCACUGUGGAAUACUGUCACUCAAAUUUCCUGAGGCUCCAACUGUCAAGUCAACGUGUUUGUUCUUUACUGAACUGUUGCCCCACUGCUCAGAUGUGCCUCCAUUAGCCAGGGUGAUGCAGGAAGAUGGCAAGCUGCUGGUACAAGCUGUUCUGGAGGGUAUUGGGGGCGGGGCAUCUCGGAAUCUGAUGGACCAGUUUGCAGAAGUGCUGUUCAGUCUAAAUAAGAACUGCUUCUCUCUUCUCGCCGUGUGGCUGAAAGAAGCACUCCAGCCUCCAGGAUUCCCGUCGUCACGCGUCACAACUGAGCAGAAAGACAACUUUUCACAGCAGAUCCUCCGAGAGCGGGUGAACAAGAGGAGGGUGAAGGACAUAGUGAAGGAGUUCACAUUAUUGUGCAGAGGUCUCCAUGGUACCGAGUACGCUGCCGAAUACUGAAACUGGCUCCCUGAGCUCCCGCCUAACUGUGACCUUUGUCCUCAGUGCAAAACAGCUGGAUGCCACAGCAACAAAGUUCUCUCCAUCCCCAAAAAGACACCACAGAAUGAUUGUAAUGAAAAUCCAUCCAGUCGCAGGAGAAGACAUGGAAUCACUCCAGCAAAAACCUGCCAUCAGAUCAACAGACAAGCUUUAGCUCCCAGCCAGCAGGCUCUGGAGAGGGCAGCCUCUUCACCCCGCUCCUCCUCUCCUCUCUUCACAGAUCCUUUAGCUGAGCAGCACCACCAGCCUGCUGCUUCACGCCUCCUAUCUACGGCUUAUUACGGCUUUCCUGAUCUCUGCGUGGUUCCUAGAUUUGUUUGCUGGUGAUUAGCAUCUAUAUAAAUGCUGGUGUUAUUGUACGUAGCUGCUUGACAUUAUUUUACCAAGUGCAUCACGUUACUUAUAUAAAUAUAUAUGUAUAUACACACAGACCGUUUCAGUCCUGCUGCUAAGGAGAAGAGAAGGAGCCAUGUUGAGUGGAGAUUCUGCAGGAGAAGUAACAUUACUAUUAUUUACUCCUGCUCAUGCCUCUGUGAUUUCAGCAUUUGCCAAAUUAUGAAAUUUCUUUUGUUUCUUUUAAUAAAAGCCUUCUAGGAGGUGUGAGUGGAGAAAGUGGACUGAAUACAGUAAAACUCCUCACCUAGGCCCAUGUUUGUGGGGCUGUACCUCAUGUACAUAAAUCCCACCCAGUCAUACUGCAGUCUCCAGUUUGAAACACAGUGGUCUCCAAAGCGAAGCAUGACUCUAGGUAGGAGAGCAAACGGAUCCUAGUGGCAGGGUGAAGAAGGAAAUGAGGCCUUUAUACGGAUUCAUUAUCCUGACGGUGGACUGCUUAGUCACUGUAACCGUGCAAAAAUAUUAUACCAGUUGUGAAUAUUAACAGUUAUUCAUGAACACUUUAGUGUAUUUGACUGUAUGCUUGUGUUCAUACCUGUAUGUGUGAGAACUUGUGUUUGCACAAAUGUAUCUUCUCCCACUUGUUCAGUGCACUUAUAUCGGACCUAGAUUACAAAUGCAUCAUUUCCUCCUGUCACUCAGGCUUUGCUCUUCUAGGACUGACCUGGAACAUCUAGCAUUUCACUUGCAGACAGCAAUACCUCCUCUUCAUCAGCCGGCUGGUCAUUUACCAGACUCAUCCCAUCAACCUUUUAUUAACACAAUUAUUGUGAACAAGCUACCCAGAAACUUACCCUUCUGGGUCACUGCCUUGGACAGGACCAAGGAGGAUUGGAAAUGGAGUUGGAACAUGUAAGACCCCAGCCUGAGCUGUUACUGGUGAAGUGAUGGGAGGGCUGAAAAGUGCACGAUCUCAUGAGUCAGCAGGACCAGCUGAUAUUUAAUAACGUUCUGUACUGAAGUGUACUUUGUGGUUUCUGAUCAAACUUUAUCUCAGUCUAAUCCUUCUGUCUUCUCCGAGGUGCCUGCAGAUAUGUAGCAUGUACGUGUUUUGGAGUGGGGAGGUGGGGUUUCGGGACAGAUGCAAAGCGGGGAAUCAGAAUAUAUUCAAGUCUGAAGUGAGCUGGUACACUUCAGUCUGAUACAAACUGAUGUUCAGCACUAAACCUGGUAGUGUUCUCCGUCUGAAGAGAGAAAAUGAGCAGUUAGUCACAGUUUAAUUAAGGAGUCGUGGGUGGAGGAGGGGUGGGAGGAAUGAAAUGUACAGUGGGUUUUUUGUACCUUGGCUUUAAUUUAUUAAAUAUAUCCAAGACUGCA